CGUAAUUAGCCGACUCGAUGCGGACAGCUGGAGCGGCGUUUCCCCAACCUGUGGGUUUCAAAAUGUUCUGAACUUCCCAGAAGCCCUCCCGAUCUUAUAUUGGCCGAUUCCAUUUACGAGCACACCGUAUUGGAUACACAGAAGAGAAAGAGAUGGAAGACCGAAUAAAGUGCGUGGCUUUGAUUGGAGCUGGAGCUCUUCUGGGUUCUGUCACUACCAUAACUCUUCUCAGGCUUUUGCACAGAAGUUUUGCCAAUCAAUCCAGUAUCGGGACAAGUAAUUCAGGAGGUAGCGAAAUCACACCUGAGAGAGCUGUUAAACGGCAUGGUUUGCGUGGGGGCCAGAAUCAUGAGGGAACUGGUUUGGACUUCCUAAAUGAUGAGAUAGUUUCAGAGCAUCUCACUCGGAAUAUUCAGUUCUUUGGCAUUGAGUCCCAGCAAAAAGUGUCCGCAUCAUAUGUUGUUGUCAUUGGUCUUGGAGGGGUUGGGAGUCAUGCAGCAUCCAUGCUAUUGAGAUCAGGAGUUGGCAAGCUUCUUCUUGUGGAUUUUGACCAGGUGUCACUUUCAUCUUUAAAUCGACACGCUGUUGCAACAAGAGAGGAUGUUGGUAUCCCAAAAGCCAUUUGCCUUAAAAAGCAUUUCUCAUCAAUUUUCCCAGAAUGCCAUGUUGAUGUGAAAGUGAUGCUAUAUGAUGCAUCUUCUGAAGAAGAAAUUCUCUCUGGCCACCCUGAUUUUGUACUAGACUGCAUUGAUAACAUAGACACCAAGGUGGCACUCCUUGCUGCUUGUGUGCGUAGGGGCUUGAAAGUUCUGUCUGCAACAGGAGCUGGUGCAAGAGCUGACCCAACGAGAAUCCGAGUGGCUGAUUUGAGAGAGUCAACAAAUGAUCCACUCUCUCGAGCUGUGAGACACCGUCUGAGGAAAGACUAUGGUAUUGAAGGAGGCAUUCCAGUUAUUUUUUCAUUAGAGAAACCUAAAGUGAAGUUGCUUCCUUUUAAGGGACCAAGCGGGGAAGAAGAAAAUCCUUCAGACUAUCAAAUAGUACCAGGUUUUAGGGUUCGAAUAAUUCCUGUUCUCGGUACCAUUCCUGCAAUUUUUGGACAAGUCAUGGCUUCCUAUGUUGUAACGCAACUGGCAGGUCUGGAAGUUCAAACGGAGCCAGUGGUGAAUUUUGACAUGGACCACUAUCACGUUCUCCAUCAGCGCCUUAUUGAGCAUGAAGAACUAUUAUAUGGCACACCCAUGCAAGUACAGGUAGAUGUUGAAGAAGUUAUGUAUAUUGUAAAAGAAUUAUGGCAUGGACGAAGUGCAAGAGAUGAAUCUACAAAAGAUGUUGGGCGAGUAAUGUGGCGGUCUAUCAAUGACUUAAUGCUUGUGAGGUGGGAUCAGACGAAACCAGCAUCAGUCUCAAACAUAAUUCUUCUAAGAUUUAAAGAGGCUGAUGAACAUGAGAUGAGCACACUUGAAGAUAUAAAGAACAAGGAACCAGAAUUUUUCUCAAGGGUAACAUCUGUGCUGAGACGUGCUGAAGUAGAUUUCAGUUUGUAAUCCAACUUACAAGCUAGGAUAGCUUUCUUCUUCUUCUUUGUUACCUUUUUUUCCCCCCUCGGCUUUUAAGGAGUUGUAUGCUAUGAGCAGAAGGGCAAAAGGGGGUCCUUUUCUCUUGCUCUCCCCUUUCCUUCUGACUGUUGGAGGUUAUGUAUACUCCAUUUUGAUUCCCAUAAGAGUUUGUACAAUGACUCAUUUACCUCCGUAUCACUAACAAGAAUGAAACAAAGGGUUGGUUUUUAUAUUUUAUAAUUUUCCAUUAACACCCAAAAUAUGAAUUAUUUUGAUAUUAGUUUCCAAUCC